CUCCGAAUGCAGUACUGUGUUAUGUCGAAUCUGGCUUCGAACAAGGGACUUCUUCACCACUCAAGAUGGGAUGUUUAGAAUCAAACAAACAACCCCAAAACGAAAGCAACAACAGCCAGGCCAAAGUCCCGAGGACCAGCUUCCGGAUUCGAUCGACAGAAAAAAAAGCUAUAAAGCUUCCUUCCAUCACCCCUCCCAUCACAACCUCUCUCAUCCUUGCAUCAUCGUCCAUCGUCCAUCCUUCCUCAUCCAUCUUUGCUUCAAGCAAAACAGUCCCAGUCCCAGUCAAACCACUGCUGUUUUAACUUCACCCUCCCAAGGCAAAGAAACACCACAAUGCACAUCUCCAACCAUUUCGCAGUGGCCCUGGCCGUCGCCGCGGGCACCGCCCAAGCCCACGCCCGGCACGGCAACAUCUACGCGCGCCAGAACGCCACGCAGCCCGACACUACGCCCACCACCAUCCCCAUCAGCAUCCCCACCACGCCCGCCGGCGCCACCGAGCCCAUCCCGGUGCCCGUGCAGACCGAGCAACAGCCCACGACCCAAGCGCCCGCCGUCGUCCUCAGCACGGCCGAGACCCCCGCCGCGACAGAGGAACCCACUGCAACCACCGUCCCGGCGGUCGUCGUGCCCCCGUUCCCCAUCCCCGCCAACUCCAGCGUGCCGGCCACCGUGCCGGCCAGCGUGCCCGUCAUCCCCCUGACCACGGCGCCGCCCGCGAUCGUGACCCCCUCCGUCGUCCCCGCGACGACGCCCAGCUCCGGGUUCGUCAACACCACCAGCCCGAAGGCCACCCACUCGGCGACCUCCGGCGGGGGUAACGGCGGCAGCGGUGGCAGCAGUGGCGGUGGCGGCGGCGGCGGCGGCGAGGGUGGUGGUGCCGCCCCGGCCGCUCCGAGCGCCACGAACGGUCUUACCACGAGCGGGAGCACGAAGCUGGUCGCCUCGGCUCUGUCGCUGGUCGGGGGCAUUGUGGUCGGGGUGAUGGUGCUGGUUUAGGUUGAGACUGGAAAAAGUUCCCCCGGGGAUGGAUGUCGAAGACCACUCACUCACUCACUGCUGCAUAACUGCUUUAUAGAG